GAGUUGGUCCCAGACGCCUGCGUCCUUUCCCAGGGCUCUAGUCCAGCAGCCUUCAAGAAAGCCAGGCUCCUCUUUCCACUUCUCUCGCCUGGCCGGAGAGCCAGCCAAGUCCAGUGUCUGCAGCUUUGUCACCCUGGCUGCUCGAACCUUCUGGCCACCACCUCCCACUCCGUGUCCUCCUGGGCACCAGCCCUCCAAUCCCGUGGAGCGCAGGAGGUUACUGCCCUCACGCCUUUCUGCUGGGAAACACUUAGGUCUAUUUCCAUGGAGACCAAAGAAUCUGAAGAUUUGGCAAAGCCCCAGAGAAAAUCAGUGAGUGGCUCAUGGAAAACGGAUGCUGAGCUGGUCACAGCAAGACCUGAGUCACUCUCAGAAAGCGAGGCGACUCCCUGUGAUGAGCAGUAUGUCCACGACAAAGAAGGCCCCAGCUACAUCCGGAUCCAGAGAAAUUCAAUCUUCAAUCGCGCCGUGAGACACAGAAGUCGAGCCAAGGCCAGAGGCGACUCAGAGCAGACAGCCACCCGCCCGGCAGAUUCAUGCAAAAAUGGAAAAUUCGUAAAUGAGACCGAAACUCAAUCACCUCUGCGUAGAACACCAGUACAAACAACCACAAGGACCCAGCAGCCAAGCGAGUCGUCCUCCACCCCUGGAAAUGGGACCACGCCCGAGGAGUGCCCGGCCCUGGCCGACAGCCCUACCACCCUCACAGAGGCCCUGCAGAUGAUCCACCCCAUCCCUGCCGACUCCUGGAGAAACCUCAUCGAACAGAUAGGACUCCUGUAUCAGGAAUACCGAGACAAAUCGACUCUCCAGGAGAUCGAAACCAGGAGGCAACAGGAUGCGGAAAUCCAAAGCCAUGAGGAUGGGUCCCCGGCCGGUGAGGACGCCCCUGAGGAUGAGGAGGAUGAGGAGGAGGAGGAGGAGGAGCCCGCGAGCCCACCCGAGAGAAGACCUCUGCCUCAGAUUUGCCUGCUCAGCAACCCUCACUCCAGGUUCAACCUGUGGCAGGACCUGCCCGAGAUCCGCAGCAGCGGCGUGCUGGACAUCCUGCAGCCCGAGGAGGUCAGGCUGCAGGAGGCCAUGUUUGAGCUUGUCACCUCCGAGGCCUCCUACUACAAGAGCCUGAACCUGCUAGUGUCCCACUUCAUGGAAAACGAGCGGCUGAAGAAGAUCCUGCACCCGUCUGAGGCCCACAUCCUCUUCUCCAACGUGCUGGAUGUCCUGGCCGUCAGCGAGCGGUUCCUCCUGGAGCUAGAGCACCGGAUGGAGGAGAAUGUCGUUAUCUCUGAUGUGUGUGACAUCGUGUACCACUACGCGGCCGACCACUUCUCAGUCUACAUCACCUAUGUCAGCAACCAGACCUACCAGGAGAGAACGUACAAGCAGCUGCUCCAGGAGAAAGCAGCUUUCCGGGAGCUGAUCGCCCAGCUGGAGCUUGACCCCAAGUGCAAGGGCCUGCCCUUCUCCUCCUUCCUCAUCCUCCCCUUCCAGAGGAUCACGCGCCUCAAGCUGCUCGUCCAGAACAUCCUGAAGAGGGUGGAGGAGAGGUCCGAGCGCGAGUGCACUGCCCUGGACGCCCACCGGGAGCUGGAGCUGGUGGUGAAGGCAUGCAAUGAGGGCGUCAGGAAGAUGAGCCGCACGGAACAGAUGAUCAGUAUUCAGAAAAAGAUGGAGUUCAAGAUCAAGUCGGUGCCCAUCAUCUCUCACUCCCGCUGGCUGCUGAAGCAGGGCGAGCUGCAGCAGAUGUCCGGCCCCAAGACCUCGCGCACCCUGCGCACCAAGAAACUCUUCCGGGAGAUUUACCUCUUCCUCUUCAACGACCUGCUGGUGCUGUGCCGGCCGAUCCCGGGGGACAAGUACCAGGUGUUCGACUCGGCCCCACGAGGCCUGCUGCGCGUGGAGGAGCUGGAGGAUCAGGGCCAGACGCUGGCCAAUGUGUUCAUCCUUCGGCUGCUGGAGAACGCAGAUGACCGGGAGGCCACCUACAUGCUGAAGGCGUCCUCUCAGAGCGAGAUGAAGCGCUGGAUGACUUCACUGGCUCCCAACAGGAGGACCAAGUUUGUUUCCUUUACAUCCCGGCUGCUGGACUGCCCGCAGGUCCAGUGUGUACAUCCGUACGUGGCCCAGCAGCCAGACGAGCUGACGCUGGAGCUGGCAGACAUCCUGAACAUCCUGGAGAAGACGGAAGAUGGGUGGAUCUUCGGUGAGCGUCUGCAUGACCAGGAGAGAGGCUGGUUCCCCAGCUCCACGACUGAGGAGAUCCUGAACCCCAAAAUCCGCUCCCAGAACCUCAAGGAAUGCUUCCGCGUGCACAAGAUGGACGACCCUCAGCGCAGUCAGAAUAAGGACCGGAGGAAGCUGGGCAGCCGCAAUCGGCAAUGAUUGACAUGGUGGGCGCCAGCCCGGGGCAAGGAUGUGGGCAGGGAACAGGCUGGUGGGGCCUUGAUGGACACAGAGUGCUCUCAGGACAGGCCAGUGCUGCCCCCAGCGGUAGCAGCAAUGGCCCGGCCUGUGCCCUGUCCCUGCCGACGAAGUGAGUGUCCAGGGUCUCAGCCCUGGCUGGCACUGCAGGAGCGGCUGGAGAAGGCACCUGCCUGACCAUCUGCAGGGGUGGAGGACCAGGUGGUGUCACAUCACUGUGGCUCCUUCUUGUCUCUUGGGAGCCCCCUGGGGCUGGCAGAGGCCCAGAGCCAGGUGUCCCUGGCAGGGUCAGGUGGGAGGUGACGACUGUCACAAUCCCCUGCACUGCACGCAUCCUUCCCUAGCAGGCACCCAGAGGGCCACCCUUGCCUGACAGCUUCCGGAGCAGCCUUCGGUCUCCGGCUGCCAGGAUGAGACCGGCAGCCUCUGUCCCCCUCCAGUACCUCAGCCGGCUGCACAGCCACCCACUCUAUACAAGCCCAGCGGGACUUGGCUGAGCUGCAGCCCCGGGCUCCUCAUCCUCCUUGGGCCAGCAUAACUCAUGUUUUCUGGCCCUUUCGGGAGCCCCAGUGUCUUAUGGAAUGAAUUGGUCACUGCAUCCUGUUUGGUUAUGGUUCCAAGAAAAGCAAAUAUCAUCUCUGGCUGCAUUAAAGAAGCAUCAUGUA